UCUCUGACCAUGGAGACCGCAAAUGAAGAAAAUAAAGACAAUAAGACGAUUAAACGCACAAUUUUGGAUCAAUUCGCAAAUUUAACAAACAUCCACGAUAAAUUUCGCUUGAAAGGCAGUAUAAACAUACUCACGUAUUUAAGCGAAAAAGAAAGCAGUGAAAAAGAAAUUGAAUUGAAAUACAUACUAGGAAGGAUAAUCAGGGGUUUAGGAUCGUCUACGAACAACGCAAGGUCGGGGUUUUUUACCAUUUUAGUGGCUCUUUUAAACGUUGAAGAAAUUCAAAUUGAACAAAUUUUUGAACUCGUAGAGAAACAUUUGCACACUGCUGGUAGCAACUCGAAAUCAGAAAAUGCCGAUAUAUAUACAGGACAAAUACUUGUCUCGGGAGGAGUUAUUCGUUCUAAUGUUUGGUUAAAUAUUGGAGUAAACCAUAAGAGUACCUUGAUAAGCAAUAUUUUAAAGGCUUGCAAAGAGAGAAGUUAUCACACAUUAUUAGGCUAUGAAUUUAUUGGUCAGGCUCUCGAAAAGGCCGAUAAAAAAGAACUUCAUAAAUUAUGUACCCUAAUAAAGGAAAUUUUAACGCCAUUCGAAAAUUACACAUUAGACAGCUUGUAUUUAAUGUGCUACUUGAAGAAAAAUGUUCCAAAUGUACCCAAAAAUGUUAUCAAAUACCCCGAUAUUUUCGCAGAAAAAAAUCUGAAAAAUUUGUGCGAUAUUUUAACGAUAAUUCCUCGUUUGGCCACUCUGCAACAUCCUGUAUACGACAUAAUCGGUGCGGAAGCAGCAAAUUCCGGAAAAUUGGCGGAGUUUCUGGAACAUAUCGAUGCUUGCCUCGAUAUACCAAACCGGAACAAGCUAUUUUUAGUUACCAAGCUGCUGACUGUAAUUCUGGAAAAUUUACAAGACCGAACCCAAAUACCGACCGUCUUGAAUAAAAAUUUCAUACACCAAACUCUAACCUACUAUAAAUCGUUGAAAGGGAAAUCCGACGAUGUCGAAUACGGGAAAAUCUCUAAAACAUUCUUGGACGCACUGAUCGACGCAACAAAAGAAAACAAUGUCGAGUCAGACACCAAAAUCUCGAUAUUAAAAAAACUGCUCUUUUCACCUGGCACUUUUAUUAUCGAAAAAAUAACGCAUUCCAAAGUGAUUCAAAAUAUCACGUUGAAUUUGAAUGUAGAUGGGGUGAAAAAAUUGGCCAAAGUUUACAAAAAUGUGAUUGAAGGAAAGGAGGUAAUAGACAAUCAAUAUGGACACAGAGAUUUAUGGUCGAAUAACGAUAAAUUAUACGCCACGCAUUUACUAAUAAAACUCCUAAACCACAAAGCCACUAAAGAUGAUAACCAGUGGAAGGUCGAACAACUCAUUUUCAUCAUGGAAUUGAGUAUUUUAAAAGAAAACAAUGUUCAAAUUGGAGUUGAACUAGCAGCUUCCUUGAAACCAGCAUUCUUUGGGGCACUCGAUUUGAAACUAACAAAAUUAGAAGACCUCCACACGAUUCUGCUGCAGAUCGUUCUGCAUCUGGAUUCUAAAAUAAAUCCCGACAAUUUAGAAAGCAUUCUGCGAACUCCUAUUUCGAGCGACAACUACGCAAUCUGGCAGAAAGCCAUUGAAACAGUCAAGAAAAUAGAAAAGAAGAAGAAAAAAGGCGGCUUAAAAACCGUAUUUUUAACUCUAUUCCUGUAUUUAAGCCUUUUAUUAUUCAACGACCCUAAACUAGCCAUGGACGCUCUAAACGAGCUCUUCGUGUGCUACAAACAAACGAGAAAACAAAGAAAAGACAGCGACACGUUAGAAGCCGUCGGCGACGAAGAAAUCACCGAAGAUCUAACGUGGAUAGAAGUAGUGACGGAUUUAUUUUUGAAUUUUCUAUCGCAAAAUUCAUCGCUCCUGCGAACCGUCGUGAACAUCGUGUUUCCGCAUUUGUGCGAACACAUGACUCCCGAUACCAUCCAGCAAUUAGUAUCCGUAUUGGAUCCGGAAAACGAAAACCCCCUGUCUAAUGACAACGAAGAUGACGAUGAGAGUGAUGAUGAAGACGAAAGCGACGAUGCCAAUGAAGAAGACGAAGCAGAAGAAGAGGACGAGGAAGACGAAGAUGAUGUUGAAAACGAAACCGUAAAUGAUAGACUUCGAAUGGCCCUGCACAAAGCUUUGGUAACAAACGGUUAUAAAUCCGAUGAAGAAAGCGUAGAUCUCGACGAAAUAAGCGAUACUGAAGGAAAACGGCUGGACAAAGCGUUAGGCGAAGCCUUCAAACAAUACCGACCUAAUUUGGGCAAAUCGAAGAAGCAAAGUAAAGAACAAAUGACCCUAACUCAUUUUAGAAUUCGCGUUUUGGAUUUAAUCGAAAUUUAUCUAAACUCGACACCUUCCAUGAUUCUAGCACUGGAGAUAAUGUUGCCUUUACUGAAAACCGUCGAGUUCAGUUUGAGAGACGAACACCAAACCCCUUUGCUCAACAGACUGAAAUCCUGCUUGAAACAUUUAUCGAAUCUAAAGAAAUUCAAAGACUUCGAUGGCGUCGACGACGCCGUUCUAACCGAUCUUCUAAAAAGUCUGUUGGACAAAGGCACGAAGAGCGCUUGGAUCAUGCAGGACAUGGCCAAUCAAAUCGCCGAUUGCUGCGUGUUCGUCAUCAAGUGCUCGGAUUUGCUCCGAGCGAACGAAUCGACGCCUAAAAAAGUGAAGAAACGUUUGAGCAACUCGAUAACGGGCGUAGUCGUCGACGAAUUGGACGGGUACUUCAGCAAAAGGGACUGCGUCACUCCGAUUUUGUUCUUCAAGAAAGUAGUCCAGCUCUCGUGGGACGGCAAUCUCGGCUUGAUGCCGUCGAUUUUGAAAUGCAUAUUCGACGAUAACGUUAAGGUGUUUCGGAAGUCGCAGGCGGCCGAAUUGGCCACGAUAUUCUACUCGAAUCACCGAUACAUCAAUUCGAAGCCGGAGGAAAUCAAAGGAGCGUUGGAGGGAAUCCAUUCGGAGUUUUCCGAUAAUAUCGUGGCGUUGUUUAAAAACUUCUGUGAUAAUACAGUUAAAAACGCGUCGGAAAAAUUCACAUGCCAUUUGUUCAAAUUACUUACCUCGAUGAAAGUGUGUACGAUUGUCGAUUUGAAAUGGACCGAAGUAGCGGAUGUCGUUAGAGAGUAUCGAAGUUCCGUGUCGCUUUCGAAGGACGCUAAAUUGGCCUUUAACAGAUUAUGCGACAGGCUGCAAGUCUCUAACGUGGUUAAAAUGAAAUCCACGUUGAACGUUUUCAAGCAAACUAGCGAGGAAAAAUCCAACGAGAAGGACGAUACGAAAGUAAAAAAGAAGAGAAACAAGGAAAAACUGAAAUUAAAGAAAGAAACUAAGGAACUGAGAUUGCAGAGUUUGUCUGAAGGUUUUAGAAAUUUAGAUUUUUCUUCGGCGAACGGUGUAGAAAUGGAAGUAGAAGAUGAAGCUAGGAAAAGGAAACACGAGGACGCAGAUUCGACUGAAACGUUAGAAGGGGAUUCCUCGCCUAAAGUACACCAAAAUGGAACACAAAAAAUUCGCAAAACUAAAAGGAAAAAAUUAGAAUAA